CACCUAAACUGAAAGUAGUUCAAGUAAAGACAAGAGUUAAAAACCUGACUGCGGAGAUGUUGAGCUGCAUCAAAACCAGCACAACCCAAGCCGACUACAACAACUUUCUUCUUCUUCCAAAACCCAACUAUCUUACUAUGCCUGUUUGAUAUAGAAGGUGUCAAAGUGAACCAUUUAGUCAUAGCCAUAGCUAACAUGUUUCUGCGGAUGUCGUUCCUCGAUGGCUUUACAAGCAAAUGUCCUUCGACUGCCUAGCUAGUCACUACCCUGCCCCAGGACUGACUGUCCUGAAAAUACAGACGUGGACACAGUGCUUCCUGUUUGCUACUCUCUUGGCCACAAAUUUUGGUUUUUUUUUUGUGUGAUUUUAAUGUUUUUCUCAAAAAAUUACUGCAAAACAAAACAAAAAAAGAGAAAGUUAUAAAAUUUACACGCAAGAAUCAAUCAGCGUCCCCACCAAAAGAAAGCAUACUCGCGAAGCACAAGCGCUCAUGGCCUGAUUAAAUUCACUUUACAUUCAAGUCCAGAAAAUAUCACAGCUUUCUCACUUUGUUCCAAAAUGGCUGCAGCCACACUUUCCGUCCGGCCCAACCGUCUCACUUCCGGCUCCCCUAUACCCAGACCGCUGUUCCAUCUCUCUAACCAAUCCCACCCUUCUUUAAAACUCGUAAAAGCCGAGCCGUGGAGAGCCGCAACAAUCGUUCACUGCCGGCGAACAUUAGCCGCUCGAGCCGGUUCACGGGCUGAUGACUCGGCUCCCUUCGAGAUGUCUGUUGAAAACGCGCUCAAGCUCCUCGGAGUCUCCGAAAGCGCUUCUUUUGAUGAUAUUCUUCACGCCAAGAAUUCGAUAGUUGCCUCUAUGAAGGAUGACCAGGAAGCUAUUGCGCAGGUUGAGGCUGCAUAUGACAUGUUGCUUAUGCGGAGCUUAACUCAACGACAAGCAGGAAAAGUCAUGGACAGAAGUGUUCGAUAUGCAGAUGUUAAACCUGUUAAUCCUCCUGGGAUGGGAUCAAUGUCUCGGUGGGUGCAGACAACUGUGAAGAAUUUACCUGUUUCAAUUGAAACACCUUCUACAGGUGAAUUGGGCACACAAGCUGGAGUAUAUGGAGCUCUUAUGGUUUUGACUUACAUGAACGGAGCUUCUACAUCAUCUGGGGUUCCUUAUGCUGGUCCUGAUGUUCCUGGGCUUAUCUUAGCAAGUAGCUUUGGAGCUUCGUUAUAUUUCAUGACCAGAAAGAAGGUGAAGUUAGGUAAAGCUACAAUAAUAACUAUAGGGGGGAUUGUUGCUGGUGCAGUGGUGGGAUCAGCUGUUGAAAACUGGUUGCAGGUAGACAUAGUCCCAUUUUUUGGAAUACACACCCCGGCUACUGUGGUUAGUGAAUUUAUACUCUUCUCUCAAUUCUUGGUCUCUCUGUAUCUAAGGUAGGAAUAAGAGGAUGUUAUUGUAAUUUUGAUGUUAUUGUAAUUUUAAUUGUAAAACCUGUAAUUAUUCAUUUGCAUGAUCAUAACCAAGCUUUUUUAGGAUGUAUAUCAUUGCAUGUUGUAAAACUACAAACAGAAGAUAGUGAAACUUCAAUCCCUAUGAAAAUCUGAUCAAAAACUAUGUUCGGACAUGUAAAGUUCCUUUGUUAAAUUGGCACUGGCGGCCCUAUUACUUUCAUGCAUUCCUGGUUCCUACUAUAAAAAAUUCCCUUUAGCUAAUGUAUAGUAGCAAUGAACUUUGGUAUUGGAUUGCAUUCAUGCAUUGUGGAAUUAUUCUUAGCUAGUGGCAGAGUGAAAUGAAAUUUUGCUGUCCGGACUGCGUCAAAGGAAACCUGUUCGCCUCUUGGAAUUUUGCCAUCUUUAGCAAUCUCAGAUAAUACUUCUGCCAUGCCAAAGUCCAUAGAGUAGUAACCUACCCUUUCUAGAACAAGGUACUGUGACAGUCAGAAACAGUGCCAUAACCUGGUAUGAUAACAUUUAAAUCAUCCUAAACUUUUCAUCAAAGUUAAGCAUGAAUUCAUACCCUUUUGUAUUGAGUCCUUUUCAUACUCCCAGAUUGUUUUUGCAGGCAAAGUAUGAAUAGUAGAACAAGCCAUAUCGUUAUCUUAUGAAUUGAUUUGUGGAAACCGAUCGUUCUUAUGUACUAGGAUGGAAAAUGCCUGUCUCCUUAUACGAUUACUUUUUGCUAUCCCAAGAGAUUCGUUACUCCAACAAAACCCUCUCAUUUAUAAUCAGUCCUAGCCAAAAAGAGCAGGACAUUGAAACAUGGAGACACAAAUAAAUUUGUCUCCGUGAGCUGCUUCGGCAUAAUGUAAUAUUAAUAAUACAAGUAAACUACAGAAACCAUGAACCUCAGAUUCUCAAACUCGUUCGUUUUUAUGUCAUCUGCUGCCAUUUUCCUCAUCCUGGGAAUAUGUUCACCUCAUGAGCAGCAUUUUCACUGUGUUCCCUUUUUUUUCAGCAUGACUUCACAGAUGAUCAAUGUUAUGAGUAUAUGUCAGUCCAAGAACUCCAAAAAAUCCAAACUCUCCAACCUCCAAAAUUGCCCUUAGUUCUAGUUCAGAUCUUCUCUUACAAACAUUUCCCUCUUAUAACAGUCACAGUUUUUUUUGACACUGGUGUAGCCCAAAUCAUAGCAAACCCCUUCGUCUUACCCAAAAACCUUUGAACAAAACAGAAAACCUUCUUCAAAAUUGCUGAUGAGAAUGUAUUUUCUACAGACUUUGUCAGCAAUCAUGUUACCCUUCAUAUCUUUUCAGGUUGUCAAAUAACUCAAAAAAUUUUAGGAUCUCUACUUCCGUAGAAAGACCUUGUUAUUGGUUUUGAUAUCAUUACCAGUAUACCAGGUUUAAAGCUUAGUGGAAAAGGUAUCAAGUUUGAAAGUUAUUUUAGACCUUGGAAAAACCUUCCCAAUCUCUUCACCCUAACCAUUCAACCAAAUGUUUUUCAAGAAUUUAAACAAAAGUUCAUUCACUUUUCUUGUGAAGAAAAUCAUUCAGACUUUCUCCAUAAAUGUGACCACCCACUUUGAAAAAAUCUUGAAUUUUUCAUUUUCCUUCCCUUCAAAAGAGAUGAAAAUACCAAUCCCAUAAAAGCUAGUCAUUCAGGCAUGAACCCAGAUCAUCUCAAGCAAGCAAUCCAAGAAUGUUCACUUUUCCAAGCUCAAGGAUUAAUUGAACCAACCUUUUCUCCAUGGGUAUGUGAAGCGUUUUAUGUCAACAAACGUUCAGAACAAGUUCGUGAAAAAUUAAGAUUGGUAAUUAAUUACAACCCUCUAAAUUUUUUUCUUACAGAUGAUAAGUUUCCUUUUUUAGACAAAAAAACUUUGUUUGUAAAUUUGGCAAAUGCGAAAGUCUUCUCAAAGUAAGAUUUUGAUAACUAGGUAUACCUUCACAGGACAGAUACAAAAGGACGUUUUGCAUUCCUCAACACCAUUUUCAGUGGACAGUAAUGCCUUUUGGAUUAAAAGUUGCUCUUUCACUGUUCCAAAAAGCAAUGACAAAGAUAUUUGCUUCAAUUCUUGAUAAUGCCUUGAUUUAUAUUAAUGAUAUCUUAUUGUUCUCUUCAGAUGUCACAUCUCAUACACAAUUAUUAGAUAAGUUUUAGCAAAUUAUUCAACAGUAUAGGAUAAUGCUCUUAGAGAAAAAGAUGAUCAUUGGUGCUUCAGAUUCUUAGGCAUGCAUAUAAAAGAUAGUCAGUACAUAGCUCAAUUUCACAUUACUCAGACACUUGCAGAUUUCUCUGAUGAAAAUUUUUCAAAGAAGUAAAUCAAGCAAUUUUUUGGCAUAGUCAAUUACAUGAAUGAAUUUUUUUCAGAUCUUGCACAGUUAACUCAUCUUCUCAGACAAAUGCUCA